ACAGAACAUGAUCAUUGGCACCUCGCAAAUGGAUGGAGCAAUCUUGGUAGUGGCAGCCACAGAUGGAGUGAUGCCUCAGACCAGAGAACAUCUCAUUCUUUCCAAGCAAAUUGGCAUUGAACACAUUGUAGUCUUCAUAAAUAAGCUUGAUGCCGCUGAUGAGGAGAUGGUAGAGUUAGUGGAAAUGGAAGUCCGUGAACUGAUGACAGAAAUGGGUUAUGAUGGUGAUAGUGUUCCAGUUGUGAAGGGAUCUGCUCUGGCUGCCAUCGAAGGAAAUAAUGACAAAAUAGGUGUUAAGGCUAUUGAAGAGCUUAUGGAAAUAGUUGAUAAGCAUAUUCCAACUCCUCUGCGUGAUUUGGACAAACCAUUCUUGCUACCUUGUGGAGAGUGUCUACUCCAUUGCUG